UUUCUAAGCUCCAGAAAAGGAAGUUUAUCUCAUUUCAGUCUCGUUAGACUACAAUGGCUGCACAGAACUAUGUAAAGAACCUUCAGGAUGAAGCCAUUUGCUCUAUUUGUUUAGAAUACUUUAAAGAACCUGUUACUCUUCCCUGUGGCCACAAUUUCUGCCAGCCCUGCAUUGCUCAACAUUUGGCGAAAUCAGAAACUACCAUGGCCUGUCCUCAGUGCCGAGAAACCACUCACCAAAGGAACUUCCAGCCGAACAAGCAGCUGGCAAAGUUGGUCGAAAUUGUCAAGCAGAUGGAAGCUGACCAGGCAGGAACAACAAGAGGAGAGACAAUGUGUGAGAGGCACCAGGAGGCUCUGAAAGUUUUCUGUGAGGAGGAUCAGGCCCCUAUUUGUCUCGUCUGCCAUCUGUCCCAGGAACACCGAGGUCACUCUUGCUUUCCCAUAGAUGAAGCCUCUCGGGAUUACCUGGAAAAAAUUCAAGGUCAUUUGAGACUUUUGAAGAAAGAGAAAGCAGAACUGGAGAAGCUUCAAACAGAUGGGGAGAACAAAAGACAAAAGUACAUGCAAAGGAUAAACACAGAGAAACAGAAAGUUCUGGCUGCAUUUCAGCAUCUGAAGCAUUUUCUAGAGGAACAGGAGGGACUCCUGCUGGCCCAGCUGGAACAACUGAAGGAAACAUCUGUCACAAUUAGAGAUGAAUAUCUCGGAAAAUUCUCAGAUGAGGUUACCCGCCUCAGUACCCUAAUUGCAGAAGUAGAGAAUAAGUGUCAGCAGCCUGCCAGUGAGUUCUUGCAGGGCAUCAGAAUCACCUUGAGCAGGUGCGAGGAGAAAACAUUUCAGAAGGCAACGGACAUUGCCCCUGAGCUAGAAAAGAGUCUGAAUAAAAUAAGUAAAAAAAUUACUGUUCUAACCACGACAUUAAAGAAAUGCAAAGGUAUUUUGUCAAAAGAAUUGAAGAAAGAAGAAAAAGAUACAUUUCUUGAUGCAUACCAAACUGUGAAUGUGACUCUGGAUGUGGAGACAGCCAAUCCUUUCCUCAUCCUCUCUGCAGAUUUGAAAAGUGUACGACUAGGGACUGAAGAGCAAGUACUUCCCAUCACUCCAAAGAGAUUUCUUUCCGACUACUGUGUGCUGGGCAAGGAGGGAUUCAUCUCUGAGAAAGUUACUUUUGUAGUGAACGUUGGACAUUCAUCUGGAUGGGCUAUAGGACUUGCCAGAGAAUCUGUAAAAAGAAAACCAAGAGUUAAUUUUAAAAUUGAGGAGGGGAUCUGGGGACUUUACUGUGCCAGGGGGGAGUAUCAAACUCUUACUCUGCCUUGCACCAAAUUGUCUCUGCCAUGGAAGCCCAAGAAAAUUAGAGCUUUACUUGAUUAUGAAGGUGGAGAAGUGGUCUUUUGUGAUGAGGAGAACAGUAAUGAGAUUUACCAUUUCAAAGCAUCCUUCACUGAGAAAAUCUUCCCUUUCUGCUGGAUCCCUGGUUUGCAUGCAGAGCUUAGGUUUUGCUCCUGAAUGGAAGACAAGAUACAGGCUUUUGAGUUGUGUGCCCCUUAGGGUUCAUUGUGGUGUCUGCAAUCCAGAAGUACCUCACCACAAAGAAAGAAAAGUGGAAAUCCGCAAUCAGAAACCAAAAUAAAAGUGUUCUAUACAAAUGAAAUAUUUUAUUGGGGGAAUUCACAUGAUACAAACCCACACACAUCACUUUUUUCAUCCAUUCCACAUGUCCUAUUUUGGAGAGGGUAACUAAAUAUUUCUGAUUAAGAGCUCCAUCACACCUACUUUUUUUAUCCAGUUUUCAUCUGUGG